AAAAUGAAAAGUCACGUCCUUGGCCAAGCAGAUAGCAGCGGGACAGAGUGGGUUUAAAAGGGUCAGCAGUGGAGCUGAACAGGCACCGAGGCUCAGGCAGAAACCAUCAUGAAGGCUUUCAUUCUUCUGGCUCUGUUCGCAGUGGCAUAUGCCGCUCCCAUUGAGGAUGAGGAUGACAAGAUCGUUGGAGGCUACGAGUGCAGAAAGAACUCUGUGCCCUACCAGGUCUCUCUGAACUCUGGCUACCACUUCUGUGGAGGCUCCCUGAUCUCCAGCACCUGGGUGGUGUCUGCUGCUCACUGCUACAAGUCCCGCAUCCAGGUUCGUCUUGGUGAGCACAACAUCGCUGUCAACGAGGGCACCGAGCAGUUCAUCAACUCUGCCAAGGUCAUCCGUCACCCCAGGUACAGCAGCCGCAACCUGGACAAUGACAUCAUGCUGAUCAAGCUGAGCAAGCCCGCCACCCUCAACAGCUACGUCCGCACCGUGUCCCUGCCCUCCAGCUGUGCCAGCUCUGGUACCCGCUGCCUGAUCUCUGGAUGGGGCAACACCAGCAGCUCUGGAAGCAACUACCCCGACCGCCUGAGGUGCCUGGAUGCUCCCAUCCUGAGCGACAGCAGCUGCAGGAACUCCUACCCUGGACAGAUCACCUCCAACAUGUUCUGUGCUGGAUUCCUCGAGGGAGGCAAAGACUCCUGCCAGGGUGACUCCGGUGGCCCCGUGGUGUGCAACGGUCAGCUGCAGGGUGUGGUGUCCUGGGGCUAUGGCUGCGCCCAGAGGAACAAGCCUGGAGUCUACGCCAAGGUCUGCAACUACAACUCCUGGAUCCGCAGCACCAUGUCCUCCAACUAAAUGGAUGAUUUUCUGAAUGGGCAGUCAGUCCCAUAUGUUACAUGUAUGAAAAUUAGCUUUUAAAUGCCAACAGUAGCACCCUAAAGUCACAGUGUACACAUUCUGAAGUUGGGGUAUAUUCAAUAAAAAAACAUUUUCAACAAUA